CAUAGACUCGCACAGCCAUCCGUUUCGCCAGCCUAUUCUGAGCUUGCCUUGCCCGCGAUCGAUAAAUCGCUUAUCAUAACUCGAGAAAAAUGGUCCGAUUGCUAUUGUCCAUCAAGGCUGAACUAGAGAACGUCACCGAUCUCCAACCUGGCUCUGACAGCUUCGAGUACUUCUUCAAGAUUCAGUGCAGUAGCUGCCACGAGGUACAUUCAAAACUCGUCAGUCUGAAUCGAAAAACAAUUCUCGAUAUGCCCACGACCAAGUCAACCAAGACUAAUUUUUUAUGGCGCUGGUGGGAACCCUUAUUGAUUCUCGAUUGUAGGGGUCUAGAGUUUAUAGAUUUCGAUCCAACGGGGACGUGGAGAUGCAAUGGAAUUGAUUCCGGGACGGAGUUCGAGGUAGAUAUAGGCGAAGAGGAAUGGACAGAUUACGAUGAAAAGGCGAAGUUGCCGGUCAGUGUGAUGAGAAUCAAGGGAAAAUGGUCCAAAGCAUGAUCAUAUAUUGAGAGUUUAGAAUGCCGCCUGACAUCCAUUGCAUGCAAUGCAAUAAACCCUGUGGAUUACGAUCCUAACCGAGAGGAAUAGAAACGAAACAUAUAUACCUUGUUAGAAAUGCCUGUUCGAUCUUGCAUUGUUUCAACAUAUGUAACACGUUAUUGAGGUUAACGUCCACCACGGUCGGGUUUUCCUUGAUCGUAGCUUUUCCCUUCCCAGAAAUAGCAUGGAACGGGUGGAAAGUACCAACGGGAGGAUGGAGGUCCGCUCUUUAGACAGGGAAAUGACUCGAAUUUUGAUAUAGAAGCCAAGCUUACCUUUGGCUUUGUCCCCUUAAGGAAACACAUUUC